ACUGAUGUAUUGAUCAAGUUGUCCAUGUCCUAUCCUCUCACCGGUCCUCUCAUUGUUUGUCAGCAGCAGUUGAUCCUUUCCUCAUCCUCGUCGUAGUCCAUAACCCUUGGAGUCCCUCCAUCCAAUGCGUAUUCAUCCCUCCAAAAUUUCCUGGUAAUGGCGGAACGCAAGCGGCAAGAACGCGGUCCUGUUGGUAGCGCCCUACCAGAACCGUCUCCUAGACCUAACCGUCCGCAGCAGACGCAUUCCGGUCCUCUCGCUCCCCGUAAAAAGUCCGACCCCGGGACGAACAAGCAACCGCCUUUGCCGCCGCAGAAGGGGGAUGGCCCGCCGCGAGCCAGCGUUCGAGGCGCUUUUCCUCGCUCGAGCAGCGUGGGAAGCCCCAUCCUGCCGGCCGAAGAGGCGAGCGAGCCUCCGCCGAUGGUUCAGCGCGCGUCGACCGGAUCGCGGCAGCUCAAAGUCAACCCGGUCAACGAUCCAGGUGUGGCUGAGACCGCGACGACACCCACGGGAGGUCAAGAAAAAAAGAAAGGGCUUUCGUUCCUCGGCGGUCUGAGCUUCAAAACCGCGGAUAAGAGCCAGACGGCCGCAUUAAGAACGUACCCCGACUUAAAGCCAUGCAUUGUGAAAGGUAACAAACCGCGGCGCCGGCAACGGGGCGACCCGUCGGAGCCUAGAAAGAAGGUUUCGUUCAACGAGAAGAUCGAAGUCGCGGUGUGGGAGGUGGAGGAGGAGGACGUCGCGGAAUCCAAAUCGUCGUCCAGUAAAGGGCGCGGGUUCUUCUUAUCCAAGGUGCUCACUGGCGCAGCCAGCAGUCUGCUCUCACAGGGAUCGAAAAAACCGCUUCCCAAGGAUCUCCCGCUUAAGAUCGUGCCGAAAAAGAAGAAGGGCGAGGCUGGUAAGGGGGGGAAGGAUCAGGCGGCGUCGGGUGAGGUUAAGUCGGCGAAAGCGCGCCCAGCCCCUGGUGGGAAGCGGGCUGCCCCGCCCGCCACGGGGGCCAAGCCCAAGGCUGCAGGCGGGAGGCCUGCCCCUCUUGCGCAGAGGCCGCGGCCGGCGGGCGCGGAUGUGCCAGGGAUGGGGGAGAGGCGGAUGCGGCCGCCUCCGCCUGCCGGCAGCAGUGGCGGCGACGGCGGGCCCCGGGGGCCCCCUCGCGUUGGCGCUGGGCGCGGGCAGGCGGCAGCGGAGAGGCCGGUGGAAGGGCGGCAAAGGGAUCGGGGGGAGGCGCGGGGAAGCGUGGGCGGGGCGGGUCCACGGGACGUGGCGCAGCAGGCGGGGGGUGCGCGGGACAUGGCGCAGCAAGGGGGUCAGCAGCAGUGGGGCGGGAGUGGUGGAGGGAUGGGCGCGCAAGGAGCGAACAUGGGCGGGCAGGGGGGCAUGAGCGGACAGGGGAUGGGGAUGAUGGCAGGGCAGCCAAUGGGAAUGCAAGGCAUGGGAGCGGGGGGGCAAGGCAUAGGCAUGGGCAUGGGCAGCCAAGGGAUGGGGAUGGGGGGCCAAGGCAUGGGCAUGCCAGGGCAGCCCAUCGGCGCGCAGUACGGUUAUGAUGCGAAUCAGAAUGCGAUGGGCAUGGAUAUGGCAGCGGGCGGAGGUUACAAUCAGCAGUGGGCGGCUGCGGCGGGGAACGCGGGGGCGAACGGGGAGUGGGAGUACGAGCAGGAGGGGGAGUGGGCGGAGGGAGAAGGGGAGGAGGAGUAUGAGGAUGACGAGGAGGAGUUAGCGGACGAGGAUGAGUAUGAGGAGGAGGAGGAUGAAGAGGAGGAAGAAGAGGAGGAGGAGGAUGAUGAUGAAGAGGAGGAGGAGGAGGACGACGAAGAGGAGGAGGAAGAAGAGGAAGAGGAGGAGGAAGGGGAAGAAGGCGGUAUCUGGUCGCAUGCAGGGGUGGGGUACCAGCAGGGGCAGAUGGGGAUGCAGGGGGGGGCGAUGGGCGGGGCGAUGGGUAUGCAGCCGCAGGGUAUGCAGCAGCAGGGUAUGCCUAUGGUUGUCAGUCAUCCCAACCAGGGAUCACCCGUGCCUAUGGGCUAUGGGGGUCCUUCCCCCAUGAUGGCUGCUCCUCAGGGCUAUUCCAAUGCAAUGCCACCGGGUUCUGGGUCUAGUUACCCUGUGUUUCAACCUCCGCGUGGUUACCCCCAGCAGGCGCAGAUGGGGGGCAUGGCGGAUGAUCUUUAUGGCGGCGGGAAUGGGGGUGGCGGAGGGAUGUGGGGGGCGCAGAUGGGGGGAAUGGCGCCCCAGGGCGGGGCAAUGGGGCCUGGGGAAGCAUUGGGGGCGGUUGACGAUGAUCUGUAUGGGGGCAGGGGGAGCUGGGGCGGACAGCAGGACAUGGGCGGAGCGCAGAGCGGAAUGCAGGGGAGCAUGCAGGGGGGCAUGCAGGGCGGAUGGCAGGGGCAGCAAGGGGGAGGCGCAGGGGGUUGGGGGAGGCCGGGCUGGGGAGGCGGGGGAGACAUGGGGGGUGCAGAGCAAGGGAUGAAGCUGGAGCGGUCUCUGGCGGCUGAUGACUCUCAGGAGCAAGAGCUGGACCAGGUGCGCCCUCUGCCCCCCGGCAAGCCUGCAGUCACGCGCAGCACAGCGUUUGUCUUUGAGGACCUUGGCCUGCAGGUGCAGCGCAAACAGCCCCCCCCCGCCGCCAACCCUAACCUGCCCGGAAAUUUCCCAUCCGGGCAGCCGCCGAUGUGGGCGGGCAGCAUGAGCACAGGCGGCAUCAACACGGGCAGCGGCAGUUCCGGUGGUGGUAACGGCCCUUUGACCCCAAGUAAGAUGAUGAUGGGGCCGGGGGCGCGGUCGCAUAGAGGCAUGCGGCUGCUGUCAGACGAAGUCCCUGAGAUGCGGCAGAGGGCAGGGGUGCCAGGCAGGAGGGCGUCGGGAGGGGAGUAUGUGGAAGGGGGGAGAGAGGUGCGAGCGCCGUCGCCCGAGGAGAGUAGGCUGAGUGAGAGGAUGAGAAGGCAGGGUUUGGGAGAGGGAGGGGCGGGAGGGGGUGCGAGGGCUGGUAGUGGGAGUGGGAGUGGGAGUGGUGGGGAGAGGCAGGGGCACAGGUACUCGGGAUCGACUAUGAGCAAUGCCAGUUCUGCUGCUGGUGGUGGUAGUGGGGGUGGGAGUAAGAGCAGGCAAGGCAAGCAGGACCAGCAGCAGCAACAGCAGCAGGGUUCUCGGGCGGAAAAGAGGCAGCCACCCACACCGCAGCAGCAGGCUGAGCAGAGGGAGAGAAUAAUGAAGAAGUUAGCGGGAGGCCAGCCACAGCCACAACCACAGCCUCCCGCGGAGCAGGAGCAAGGUGGUGAAAAAAUGAAGAGGACAAGCACAGGCAGUAGAAGAUGAUAUUGGGUGUUAGAAGACAGUUUUAUGUCGUUUUUGUGCUUCCAUAUCUCGUCCUGUGGAAGAUUGGUUGGAAUGUGGUGCUAUGUAACGGGGUUAUCACUCUUAGAGGUGUAGUGAUUACGAUUAUAUGCUGGGGCUCCAGAUAUGCUGGAGGUCUCAGAUGCUUGGCAUGGAAUCUUCAGUAUA